CUCGAGUUUAUUUUCACCGGUUUAGAAAGGUAUUCAGGCAUAUAACUCUGUGUAUUCAGUGUCGGCAAUCGAAUAAAAUUUAAUAUGCAUGUCAAAACCCAUAUGUUAAUAUUACUUUAGCAGGAAUAUGAUAUCUAUGUGGACAAAUGAACAGUUGUUUAUAUGGACUGGCGAAAAAAUACACCAGUAACUAAGGAGAGUGGAUAGCUGAGAUCGAGGAGAACGAAACGGUGAAAACCAUGGGGCUACUGACGGACACAAAGCAACGACAGAGACUGGUGAGCGUUUUAAGUCGGCAUCAUCAGAAACUGUCCGUGCUGCUGUAUGUUGUGGGGUUGGUGUGGUUCCUUGCUUUGGCCUAUGAACCUCUAAAUGCCAGCACCUACUUUUCAGAAAAUGCUCUUCUUCCAGGACUGGUGGACUCUAACCUUCCAUCAGAAUUUUUCUCUCUUCAUCAGUAUGCAGAGGCUCUAAAAGCAGAGAUGCAGAAAGACAAAAAAAGAGUUCCAAAAGACUGGAUCUUCAGACAGUUUCAGAAUCUUGGACUUGAAACUUACAGACAUAAUUUCACCAUCAAGUAUCCCUUCAAAAUGGCAAUUAGUCAGGACCUGGUUGGAGAGAACAUUUUUGCAAUUCUCCGUGCCCGUCGUGCAGCAAGCACAGAAGCUCUUGUGAUGGCAACACCCCUGCGUGCAGCUAGUACCACAAAGACACAGACGGAUGGUGGCAUUGCUGUAAUGCUUGGCCUUGCGGAACAGUUUCGCAAAAAUCCUUACUGGGCAAAGGAUGUCAUCUUUCUCCUUAGUGAGUUUGAUGAGGUUGGAGUCCACGCCUGGCUAGAUGCUUAUCAUGAGACCAGAUCACAGUAUGUCAUUCCUGAUGAACUUCCUGGGCGAAGUGGUGCUAUUCAGGCAGCCAUCAACUUGGAGAUCCCAAGAGAUAAGAUUCAGUAUGUGAAUAUAAAGAUUGAAGGGCUCAAUGGACAACUGCCCAACCUUGACCUUUUCAAUUUGGCUGUUCGCCUGUGUCGUCGAGAACAGGUUCUAGUGACUUUCCACCAUCGGAGUGAUCACUAUGAAGCUGAUUCAUGGGACAGCUUUCAGCAUUCACUGGUCACAAUGCUGCAUAUGAUGUGGUCACAAGCUUCUGGGGCACCAUCUGGUGGCCAUGGUCUCUUUCAUCGUUACCAUAUAGAGGCACUCACAUUAGAGGGAGUGCGUUUCAAGAAGGGAUUCAAAAAUCACCCACUAGAAAAAAUAGCCAGGGUGACAGAAGGCAUAUUCCGCAGUCUGAACAACUUGUUGGAGCGCUUUCACCAAUCUUUCUUUUUCUAUCUGCUGCCAGCCACGGAUCGAUAUGUCUCCAUCGGCCUGUACAUGCCUCCCUUUGGGUUAAUGGUUGCUGCUGCAGCUAUUAAAGCACUAGCUUUGUGGAUAGAGACACAUCCCUCCAGCACAGAUAAUGAAGAGGACUCGGGAAAUAAAGAGAGUCUAGAAGCCAAAACUGAUAAAGAAGAGAAAGCAAAAGAUCAUAAUGUUGAGGCUGAGAAAAGUGGAGAAGCAACUAAAGACAACGAGAAGCCAGGUGAAGAUGAGGGAAAGAAGUGUGAGAAGAUAUCAGGAGAAACCACUGAGGGGCAGCACCAAAGCCCUGGUGAGGAGACAGAUGGAACUCAAGAUGUAAGCCUAAAUGAAGACUCUGAUGACGAGUUUGAGUUACAGAUGACAGGCUUAUUGACAGUAACACCUAUGAUACUGGUAUCUUUCCUUCUGGGGCUGAUGGCUUACACUGCCCCCUACAUACUGACACGCUUCACUCCAUCAAUGAAAAUGAAGCCAGAUGACACCAUAUUGUUCGGCAUUUUGGCAGUCUUCUCUGCUGCUUUGUCCUACCCUUAUCUUAUGAGCAGGAAGGCAGCACCCGAGGACCAGUUGACAGUAGACUGGCGUCUUCUGCAAUGCGUGGGUUUGUUCAUGCAGGGACUUGUGCUAAUGGCCCUCUCUGUCAUGAACAUCUCUCUUGCAUUUUUCCUUGCUGCCUCAUCCAUACCAGUCACAGGUUUUAUUAAGGGGACCAACCAAAGAGUGCUUCGUGUUCUCCAGCUUUUUGCCUUACUUGUCAUCUCCCCUUUGGGUCUCUUGAUCAUUGCCUCUCUUGUGAAUGCUUCCUUGGAGAAGAACUUCAGUGGGAAACUUGUGGACCUUGUUGCUGGGGGCUAUGAACACAUGAAGGAGAUGAUAUUUCUGCUGCUGGUAGACCAAUACCUCUUCAGCUCCUGGACAUACACAAUUAUCUGCUUUGCCAUCCUUCCUACCUGGCUUGUCUUCUGGGCAGUUCCCUUCAAUUCACCUUGAUAAUGUUAAUGAGCUCAACAAUAUUGGACUAUGAAAUUUCUUGAUGCUUUAAUGGCAUAACCUGAACAGUGCAGGUGAACAGUUCAGUUUUCCAGCACAGGCAUUACGCUUAUAGACAUAUUCCAACAUUCCUGCUUUUUCAGAAGCAACUCUUAAUGAUUAAAGGAAAAAAAAGCUCACCAAUCAAAAUAACCCCCAAAAAAAUCAAAAUGUCAUCUUACGUUUGAAAAUAGUGUGUCUAAAAGAAAUGCAGUUUGGAGUAAUGCAAUCUGUUUUUCCUCACAUCUCCUGAAUGUACCUUAUGCUUCUGUCCUCUCACACACCUCAUUUUCCCUUUAGCAAUAGAGUACAUGAACAAAAACGAGAAAAAAAUAUUCAGUAGUGUGAUUUUCAGCUGUUGUAGGCAUGUAGAUGCAGUGGUCCAUGAACAUUUCUGCCCUGAUAAGAGAAUGCCUUGUUCAUAUUCAAAUACUUAUGUAAUUUAAAUAUGUUAAUUCAGAUUGAGGAUGAUGUAAUUCAGAUUAAAGAUGGCAUAUAAACACAC